AUGAUAGCAAAGACACACGAUGGAAAUAGAAUUCUUGCUGAUAUUUUGUUUCCAUUUAUUGCUACCGUUUUACUCACUUUGGAAAUUUUGGUUAUUUCUUUUGAGAGAUUUCCUUUUGUCAUUGUUGAAUACAAUAUGUCAUAUAGUGGAAACCCUACUCCUGCUCCAACCACAACCACAAUCAUUUGGAAUGCUUCUGAAUUGAACAAAUUCAUCACCUUAAUGAUUGAUAAUGUAAGGAAUGGUCAGAAGUCCAACUCCACAUUCAGUAAAGUUGGGUGGAAUAACAUUAAAGCAGGACUAGAAGCAACUUUCCAACGUCCAUUUCGAAAAGAACAGUUGUGUAAUAAGAUAAAUAAGCUACGAGGUGACUAUAAUAGUUUCAGGCGGUUGCUCGAAACUAUGGGAUUUGGAUGGGAUUCAAAUACCAGGACUGCUAUAGCUGCAGAUUCUGUUUGGGAAAAUGCUAUAAAGGCAAAUCCAAAUUGGACCAAAUUCCGAAAUAGUGGACUUCCAUGGUGGCCAGAGUUGUUAGAGGUCUUCUCAAACUCAAGUGCUCAAGGAGAUAGAGGAGUAUCUCAGCAUACUGUUGGGAAGUAA